AUGAAGUCGCAAUCGACGUGCCGGUCGAGACCGAGGUGCCGGAAACGGCAGAGGUGGCGACAGAACCCGAAGCUGCGGUGGGUGGCGUUGAGGAGGCCGACGUGGUGGCGGAAGUGCAGGACGCGGUGGAAGAGGCUCUUCGGGCCGUAUUCGAAGCUGCGUCGGUGGCCACUGCUGAAGCCGUACCGACAGUCGAGACGGUGGAGCCUGAGCCUACUGAGCCCGAGGCGGUUGAGCUCGAGACGGUUGCGGCCGAUACGACAGAGCCCGAUACGACUGAGCCGGAGACAACGGACAGGGCUGAUGCCGUCGAGGUGA